CCAGUGGCGGCAGGUGCUCGCGGCCGGCAGCAUGCAACUCCCGCCGGCUCCCAGUGCCCGCGGCGGCCCCGCAGAGCCCGGCGGCCUGGCUCCGGCGGAGAAGAUCAAGGCCAAGCUGAAGAAGACGCUGCCGGUGACCGGCCCGCAGGCGCCCACGCUGCGCGAGCUGAUGCGCUGGUACUGCAUGAACACCAACACGCACGGCUGCCGGCGCAUCGUGGUGUCGCGGGGGCGCCUGCGCCGCGCCCUCUGGAUCCUGCUCACCCUGACGGCCGUGGGCCUCAUCCUGUGGUACUGCGCCCAGCUGAUCCUCAACUACUACGCCGCCUCCGUCUCCGUCACUGUCCGCUUCCACAAGCUCCCCUUCCCGGCGGUCACCAUCUGCAACAUCAACCCGUACAAGUACAGCGCCAUCAAGGGGCACUUGGCCGAGCUGGACAAGCAGACCAUGGCUGCCCUGGAGUCCCUGUAUGACUUCUCAGGCGGCCCCCAGGCCAGGGCCCGUCGUGAGGCAGGCCCUGCUGAGAGCCUGGGGGAGAACAAGUACCUCCAGCGCUUUCCCCUGAUGAAGGUCGAGAACCUCCAGCAAAGGACGGCCGUGGACCUUACCACAGGUCACCGGCGGCGGAUUGCAGGCAAGGUGGUUGUCCCAGAAGGCUCCAGCAUGGUGAAGAACCCCAAAGAUGUUGUGGGCUUUCAACUGUGUGACUCCAGCGACAACCGCAGCUGCGUCCUCUACACCUUCAGCUCCGGAGUCAACGCCAUCCAGGAGUGGUACAAGCUGCACUAUAUGAACAUCAUGGCCCAGAUGGAUACCGAGGAGAAAAGGCGGAUGAGCUACUCAGCAGAAGAGCUCCUGCUCAGCUGCUCCUUCGACGGGGUCUCCUGCGAUGCCCGGAACUUCACUUCCUUCGAUCAUCCGCUCCAUGGAAAUUGCUACACCUUCAACAGCAAGAAAGAUGAGACCCUGAACACCUCCACUGGCGGCAGCGAGUACGGGCUGCAGGUGAUCCUGUACAUAGAGGAAGCCGAAUACAACCCCUUCCUGGUGACAUCCACGGGAGCCAAGAUUGUGGUCCACGACCAAGACGAGUACCCCUUCAUUGAGGACAUCGGCACUGAGAUCGAGACGGCCACGGCCACCUCCAUUGGGAUGCACUUUACAACGUCUACCCGGCUCAGCAAGCCCUAUAGCAACUGCACAAAGAAUGGGGAAGACAUCCCUGUGGAGAAUCUGUACAAUAAAAGCUACUCUCUGCAGAUCUGCCUGCAUUCCUGUUUCCAGAAGCUGAUGGUGGAGCGGUGUGGCUGCGCCCACUAUGCUCAGCCUUUGCCCCGGAACGCGGAAUUCUGCAACUACAAGAAGUACCCAAACUGGAUGUACUGCUACUACAAACUCCACCAGGACUUUGUGAAGGAGAAGCUGGGCUGCCAGCAGAUCUGCAAGGAAGCCUGCAGCUUGAAGGAAUGGACGCUCACCACCAGCCUCGCUCAGUGGCCAUCCACGGUGUCUGAAGGCUGGCUGCUCAGGGCCCUCACUUGGAACAGAGGGAAGGACAGCAGGGCCGUUUUAAACAAGACAGACCUGGCGAACCUCGUGGUGUUCUACAAAGACCUGAACGAGAGGCUGAUUGAGGAGAACCCGGCAAAUAGCAUCGUCAUCCUCCUCUCCAAUUUCGGGGGCCAGCUGGGCCUCUGGAUGAGCUGCUCCGUGGUCUGUGUCAUCGAGAUUAUCGAGGUCUUCUUCAUCGACACCUCCUCCAUCAUUUUACGUCGCCGCUGGCAAAAGGCCAAGAAAUGGUGGCAGGGCCAGAGAGGCGGGCCAGGCCUGAAGCCCGGAGCGUGCCCUGAGGAUGGCCCCCCAGGCUCUCAGGGCCACGACAAUCCCACUUGCACCACAGACGACGACCUGCCCACUUUCAAUACGGCCCUACGGCUGCCGCUGCCCCGGGAUAGCCAAGUUCCCCGGACACCCCCGCCCACCUACAGCACGUUGCACCUGGACAGCACCUUUGAGGGCCAGAUGCCUGACACUUGCCAGGGCAGAGCCCCUUAAGGACAAGCGUGGGACAGAGGGCAGGGUUCGGGUGGGGCUUGGGGGCUGUUGUGUGAGCGUGGCAGGAGGGCCGAGCCGGGCGUAGGCUGUGCUUCCUGUGAGCAGACCUGGGGGGGCCACUGCACUCUCAGGGCCCAGGCGGUGAGCCAGCCCUCGUGCUGUGGGUGGAGUCCAGGCCACGCCCGUGGCCUGUCGGUGGAACUGGCCUUCCUCCCCGCCCCCCAAGCUUGCCACAGUUUUCCUGCAAGCUAGGCCAGACGGUGUUCCAGAAGGCCUGGCCGGCUAGCUAACCCUGUGUGAUGUUGCUGGGUAGCUAGCUGGGGUGAUGGGGAGGGCAGGGGUGACCACCUCUGGAGCUGCAAUCAGGCGGAGCAAUAGGGACAUAAGCAACGUAAGCAACAGGAACCCCUCUGACCCGCUGCAGGGGGUUCUCUGCUCCUGGCAACGCCUGUGGUCUAAGCAGCAGCCCCACCGCCCCCCCCACCCCAGUAUGCCCCACUGCGAGGCCCAUCCACGGAAGAGCCUGGGCGUGGGUGUUUUGUAGGUCCCUAAUUGAGUGUUCAGCGCAUUCUCUUGCCUUUCAUUUCUGUGAAAUUAUUUAACAUCUGCAGAGACCCGAACCUGGGAAGUGUGUAAAGAGGGAGAGAUUCUGAAUAAAUGUUUUUUUAAAAAA